AUGGCCUCGAGCCCUGGUCUUCCGACCCUCGCGUGGAACCCGGGCUGCGAGAGCAUGAGGGAGUUCGUGGGCAACGACGACCUUCUGAGUCUGCUCGAGCCAUACAUCCACGACAGGCACCAUCUUCACUCGCUGUGUCUGGUCAACAGGAUGUUCAACGCAGUCUUUUCCCAGUCUCUCUAUGAGCAUCUCCUCAUCAAACAUACCCACGUUCAUUGCAUUGAACCCGACUCGGAAAAAUUCGGAGCCCUUCUGAACAGCCCAAGCCUUCGACACACACGAAAGCUGUCGCUCCUGCAGAUGGACCAGCUGAACUACACCCGAAAAGAACAUGAAGACGCCCCCAGAUACGGCCCCAUUCUCAACGAUGCAAUCUGUCAGAUCGUGAAGCGGUGCCCUAAUCUCCGCCAAUUCAAUUUUUCUGCACCCUUAUACGCUUCGUCUCCAAUCUUGACGGAAUACUUUGUCUCGGCGGAGACGCUCGAUUGCCUCCAUAGCUCCUGCCCAAUGCUGCGGUCUCUUUCACUUGAGCAGGCAUUUCCUCCUUUCUCUCACCCAGAAGCCGUUGAUCAAGGUGCCAUAUAUCGAGACCGCGAUGGUCCAAUUGGCGUUAUCCAAUUCCCAGAACUCUCGAACCUCACUACCCUGCGUAUGAUCGGCAGCAAGUGGGAUACGUCGUGGCCGAAGUCGAUAGCUGGGCUACUGUCGUUAACGCCGCGGGUGGAGGAACUAAGCCUGUCGAUACAAUGUCCGGUGAUGAACAGGUGGCCCGUUCGAUUGGAAGUAUUCCUCGCCUGGAGAAAUUGCUUGAUCCGCCUCUGCGCUGAGUACAAAGCGCUAGGGAAACCGCCGCUGAAGCUUCGCAAUCUUCAGCUUCACGAUUAUGUCGGCUUUCACUGUGACGCGCAGGGAAGCAUCGAAUACGUCGAAUCACUCACUGAUCUGGAGGUGCUUGAAGAGCUUCGAAUUUUCAACGAUCCCCGGUACACUGGCGACUUGUUGGCGGCUCCGCCUCCCCCGACAAUAGUUCCGAUGCCCUUCAGAUUCUUCACGUACGAUACAAUGCCACGACUCCGCAGAUUCUCGUUUGACAACAUGGACGGCGACAUCAUGGAAUGGCUCAUUCAAGUGGCAGAUACGCCCUUCAAAGACCAACUUAGCCUCUGCAAUGAUGGACUUGACUACUGGGAGGCCGGUGCUGAACUCUUCGAAGCUAUUUCCAGCGCACGAGCCCAGAAAAGAGCCGAGAACCCGUUGGACAGCUUCACAGCAAGCGAUUUGGAGUCGGUCUUACGACCAGUUCAUUGGAUUCAUGCCGCCUCUCCUCUUUUGCCCGACAUUAUGAGUGGACGUUUCGUGUUCCCGGCCAAGCUAGGAGUAGGUGAUUCCAACCAUCUAAGUCUCACAAAUCCUCAUCGGCCGGGAGAAUGCACAUGGGUCAAAAGCAUGCGUCUGUUCGUCGAGAGGGAAAGCCUCAACAUGCCAGAAUUGCUUCUACUUCUCGACGGAAUGGAUACGAUCGAAAGCCUGAUGAUCGUCAGCUACACGGCAAACCGCUGGAAAAGUUUUGUUCACGCAGACGGUAGCCCAACAUGGGAGACGAACGCUCAGAGAAUUGCUGUCUCGUUGCCGCGCUUGAAAUACCUUAAGGUGAACACAAUGUCGUGGAGAUUCCAGCGCGCGCAUCAGGGCAAUGGGGUGGUGGCGGAGAGACUGAGCGUUGCAGAGGACGAGAUGCUGGGCAAGCUUCCGCCGCUGAGUGACGUGCCGAUGUCGCCUGCGGUGACUCGGAGACGCUGGAGACGAUCGGUUUUAAGUCCUGGUUUCACCUUAAAAUUUUGA